CAAGUGCAGCCUGCUCCCGGGAAGAUGGCCCGGCCUGGGCAGCGUUGGCUCGGCAAGUGGCUUGUGGCGAUGGUCGUAUUGGCACUGUGCCGGCUCGCCACGCCGCUGGCCAAGAACCUGGAGCCCGUGUCCUGGAGCUCCCUCAACCCCAAGUUCCUGAGUGGGAAGGGCCUGGUGAUCUACCCAAAGAUUGGCGACAAGCUGGACAUCAUCUGCCCCCGAGCGGAAGCAGGGCGGCCCUACGAGUACUACAAGCUGUACCUGGUGCGGCCUGAGCAGGCGGCUGCUUGCAGCACUGUGCUUGACCCCAACGUGCUGGUCACCUGCAAUCGGCCAGAGCAGGAGAUUCGCUUCACCAUUAAGUUCCAGGAGUUCAGCCCCAACUACAUGGGCCUGGAGUUUAAGAAGCACCAUGAUUACUACAUUACCUCUACAUCCAAUGGGAGCCUGGAGGGCCUGGAAAACCGGGAGGGAGGCGUGUGCCGCACACGCACCAUGAAGAUUGUCAUGAAGGUUGGGCAAGACCCCAAUGCUGUGACGCCUGAGCAGCUGACCACCAGCCGGCCCAGCAAGGAGGCAGACAACACCAUCAAGAUGGCCACACAGGCCCCCAGUGGCCGGGGCUCCCUGGGUGACUCUGAUGGCAAGCAUGAGACUGUGAACCAGGAAGAGAAAAGUGGCCCAGGGGCAAGCGGAGGUGGCAGUGGGGACCCCGACAGCUUCUUCAACUCCAAGGUGGCAUUGUUCGCGGCCGUCGGCGCCGGCUGUGUCAUCUUCCUGCUCAUCAUCAUCUUCCUGACAGUUCUGCUACUCAAGCUGCGCAAGCGGCACCGGAAGCACACCCAGCAGCGGGCGCCCGCCCUCUCACUCAGUACCCUGGCCAGUCCCAAGGGGGGCAGUGGCACGGCGGGCACCGAGCCCAGCGACAUCAUCAUCCCCUUACGGACUACAGAGAACAACUACUGCCCCCACUACGAGAAGGUGAGUGGGGACUACGGGCACCCCGUCUACAUCGUCCAGGAGAUGCCGCCCCAGAGCCCAGCGAACAUCUACUACAAGGUCUGAGGGCCCAGCGCGGCCUCGGGCCCCCGAGGGACAGUCGGCCAGGACUGCACCUCUCCUUUCUCCCCCACGCUCCCCUCCCCAACCAGCUGUGCCCACCUUUGUAUUUAGUUUUGUAGUUUCUUGGCUUUUAUAAUCCCCCUUUUGCCCUGCCCCCUGGGCUUCGGAGGGGGUGCUUGUGCCCCCAGCCCCCAUGCUCUUGUGCCUUCCCCCUCUGGCCAGGCCUCUGGGCUCUGCAGGGGCGCCCCUUCUUGGAGGGCAGGGUUGGACGCUGAUGGACAGCAGGCAGGAAGAUGCUCCCCUGGCCCUGCCUCCCCUCCCCCCUCCCCCCCUUCCCAGGACUGUUUGUCCACUGUCAUCACUGUUUUUAAUGUUUUUGUGUUCAUUUUUUAGCUGUCAACUCAUUUUCAUCUGUUUUUUAAAGAAAAAUGGAAAAAUGUAAAAGGCAGCCCCUCCUUCGGCUUUCUGAGCCUGGCCUAGCCCAGUUUAAGGGAACUGGGGCACGAUGUGGCCAGCCAGGAAGCAUAGGAUGGCAUUUCUUUUAUAAACGCCUUGGUAUUUGGGGGAGGGGUGGCAGGCCAGAGCUGUUCUUGCCCAGGAGGGAAGACGAGAGGGCUAUUGGGCAAAGUGUCUCGCCCUGCCCUCCUGACCCUCCUUCUACAAAGCUGAUCUUGGCAAUGGGGUAGUGGCUGCCACCCUUCCACCAAAAAAAAAAAAAAAAAAAAAAAAAAUCUCUUCCUUGUGGGAUUCUUGGGCAUCUCCUGCCUCCCUCACUCUCACGGUAAUUAACGUCUUAAUUGGCUGUUGCCUGGGGAACAGGAGAGCUGCUGCAGGCAGAUGACCUCAUGGGGGUGGAGGGAGGUGAGGUGCCCAGGUGGCUAUUUGCCCUGCAGAGCUGGGAGUUUCCCCUCCCCCUCCCCGCCCUGUUCUCUCCUCACCUUUGGCAUCCUUUGGCCUGGUGGGGAAAUGGAGGCCCAGGGCAGAGACCUAAGCGGGUAUAAGGCCAGGAGGCCUGCUCCUUUUCUGGGCUCUAGCACAGGUGGGUGCCCCCUCAACCCAGCUUCCGCUGGCCCCUCCAGUCUUGGGCCGGGGCCUGGAAAGAGGAAGAGGCUGCCCAGGGCUGGGCCAGCACGCCGUGCACUUUGACCCCGGCUCCUUGCCAGCACGGCUGCGUACAGACGGCCACUUGAGUGCGCUUUGCAGGUGCUCCCAGAGUGGCCAUGGAAGGAGCUGGGCCUUUAUGCCCCCCACCUCCACACUGGCUCCUGGCCCGCUGCCCACCCCAGUGCCAGGUGGGAGAGGGAGCCAAACAGCCAGCCCCUUCCAGGUGGCAGUCGGAAGGGUUUUUUGUUUUUGUUUCUGUUGCCAUUUGUGUAAAUACUAGUCUUUUUUGGAAGAAAUAAUGUAAAGAUGUUUUGUAUAAACUCUGAA